CGAGGAAAAGGAGGCCGCGAACCUCACUGAGGGCCUUGAGAGGAGAGGGGCGGGGGGAAAGCAGGCGGGCUGGGCUGGGCCCUGUCCGUACACCCUGGGAUGGCCGGCGGCGGGGCCGGGCAGGGCCCUACCUCGGCGCCAGUCUCCCUCCUGCCCGCUCCACAGCGAGGGCGCCUUUCCUGGUUCCUGAAUACGUUCAUUUUCCAGGACCUAAAUUGCAGGACGUUUUUCUUGUGUAUUUGUCUUGAUAUUAGGAGCGUAUUUCAGGCAUCCUCACGACGUGUCCGUCCAGCAGCCACGGUUGCCCCGCGUGGCUGAGCGGCCUGCCGGAGUUGCCCGGAUUCAGCCAGAAUCUGGCCCAGCCUCCCAGGCCGCAGGGACCACCUCUCCAGCACAGCGCACUUGAAGUCGGGGUGGCGGGUGUCGUACUCUCUCUCUCUCUCACGCAUUUAUUAAUUUUAUUUUACUUUGUUUUUCAAGACAGAGUUUCGCUCUCUUGCCAGGGUGGAGUGCAAUGGGGCGAUCUCAGCCCACUGCCACCACGCCUGGCUAAUUUUGUAUUUUUAGUAGAGAUGGGGUUUCUCCUUGUUGGUCAGGCUGGUCUCACUCCUGACAUCGUGAUCCACCUGCCUUGGCCUCCCAAAGUGCUGAGAUUACAGGCGUGAGCCACUACGCUGGCCUUUUUUUUUUUUUUUUUUUUUUGAGACUAAGUUUCACUCUUGUUGCCCAGGCAUGAGUGCAGUGGCCCCAUCAUGGCUCACUGCAACCUCUACCUCCCAGGUUCAAGCGAUUCUCCUGCCUCAGCCUCCCGACUAGCUGGGACUACACGCAGGCACCACCAUUCCCGAUUAAUUUUUUUUGUUUUGUUUUUUUCAGUAGAGGCUGAGUUUCAUCAUGUUGGCCAGGCUGGUCUUGAACUCCUGACCUCAAGUGAUCUCCUUGGCUCGGCCUACCAAACUGCUGGGAUUACAGAUGUCAGGAAGCAACUAGAUAUGGUGUCCUCCGGAAAAAAGUAUUCCAGGAAAUCUGGGAAGCCAUCCAUGGAAGAUCAGUUUACCAGAGCCUAUGACUUUGAGACUGAAGAAAAGAAAGAUCCGAGUGGUUCAGAGGAAGAUGUUACUGAAGGGAAGACUACAGUCAUUGAGAAACCUAGGAAGAAAAGAUCUUCUGCAGGAGUAGUUGAAGAUAUGGGGUGUGAAGUACAGAAUAUGCUGGAAGGAGUUGGAGUUGACAUUAACAAGGCUCUUCUUGCCAAGAGAAAGAGACUAGAAAUGUAUACCAAGGCUUCUCUCAAAACUAGCAACCAGAAAAUCGAACAUGUUUGGAAAACACAACAAGAUCAAAGGCAGAAACUUAACCAAGAAUAUUCUCAGCAGUUUCUGACUUUGUUUCAGCAGUGGGAUUUAGAUAUGCAGAAAGCUGAAGAACAAGAAGAAAAAAUACUUAAUAUGUUUCGACAGCAACAAAAGAUUCUUCAACAAUCUAGAAUUGUUCAGAGCCAGAGACUGAAAACAAUUAGACAGUUAUAUGAGCAGUUCAUAAAGAGUAUGGAAGAGUUGGAGAAGAAUCAUGAUAAUCUACUUACUGGUGCACAAAAUGAAUUUAAAAAAGAAAUGGCUAUGUUGCAGAAAAAAAUUAUGAUGGAAACUCAGCAGCAAGAGAUAGCAUGUGUUCGGAAGUCUCUUCAAUCCAUGUUAUUCUGAUGACUCUUUGAAGAAAGAACUUGAACCUAAGUAAUAUGAUACAGUUAUAUUAGCUAAGAAGCAUAUUGUAAGUCUUUAGUAGCUUGCUUAUAACAUCUUUAAUAAUAAAUCUGUUUCAUUAUAAGACUUCUCUUUCUGUUAAGCCAAAUCUAAAAUGUGAGUUAGCAACUACUCCUAAAGAAUAUGUAUUGAGUUUUCAGCUCUUUAGUAAUGAUAGUGAAUUUUUCUGUUAACACUAUCAAUUAAAUAAAGAAUUUAAUUUUA